AAAUAUUUUAUUCCCUUGGUUUCGGUGUGUUCUCACUGAUGGCAUAUCUUUUUCGCGACUGGCGUCAAAUGACCGUUGUUGUCUCUCUUCCUGGAGUCCUUUAUGUAAUGUUAUUUGCAAAGUCAAUUCCUGAAUCACCAAGAUGGCUUUUAGCCAAGGACAGAAUCUCUGAAGCUGAAGUAAUUCUUACAAAAAUUGCAAGAAGAAAUGGUACGACAUUUGACAAAAAGCUUAUACAAACCGAACCUCGAGAACUAAAGUCAAGGUCAAAAAAUUAUGGCAUACUCACACUACUAACGCACAAAUGUCUUCGGUUGAAAAUGGUCAUACUAAUGUUUGUGUGGCUCAUCAACAGUAUGGUUUAUUAUGGAUUAUCAUUUAAUUCAAAAAACAUGGAAGGCGAUAGAUACUUAAAUUUCUUCCUUUCCGGUCUAGUUGAAAUACCUUCGUACUUGCUUGCUGUGCCAAUGAUUGACAGGUUAGGCCGUCAAAAGUCCUUGUUUCUUACUGUGACGUUAGGAUCUAUUGGUUGCCUUGUAUGUGCAUUUGGGCCAGCAUAUUUUGCUACCGCUACAGCCAACGUAGGGAAAUUUGGCAUCUCAUCUUCCUUUGGAAUUUUAUAUGUAUACUCUGCAGAACUUAUCCCAACUGCUGUGCGAAACUUUGCAAUGGGCACAUGUUCAAUGACUGCACGUAUUGGGGGUAUUUUGGCACCAUUCAUUGUGACGCUUGCCAUUGUGGAUAAAAAACUUCCAAUGUUGCUGUUUGCUGGAACUGGUAUAUUUGCUGGAUUAAUUGGCCUGUUUUUGCCAGAGACAUUGAACCACCCAAUUGCUGAAACAUUGGAUGAAUUAGAAACUAGCCAGGAAAACCAAAAACUGGUGACAAUUUUAUAACUUAUAAUAUAUUAAAUAAAUAUAUAAAUAUAUUAAAUAAAUAAAAUAAUUAUUAAAUAUAUUCAUUGGCCUGUUUUUGCCAGAGACAAAUAUAAUAAUUGGCCUGUUUUUGCCAGAGACAUUGAACCACUCAAUUGCUGAAACAUUGGAUGAAUUAGUAACAGGCCAGGAAAACCAAAAACUGGUGACAAUUUUAUAAUAUAUUAAAUAAAUAUAUUAAAUAAAUAAAAUAAUUAUU